GAGGUUUGUAGUUUUUCUGUUUGCAGCUAUGUCUGGGCGUGGAAAAGGUGGAAAGGGUCUUGGAAAAGGGGGUGCUAAGAGGCAUCGCAAAGUGCUCCGUGAUAACAUCCAAGGUAUUACCAAACCUGCGAUUCGACGUUUGGCUCGCCGUGGGGGUGUUAAGCGUAUUUCUGGCUUGAUCUACGAAGAAACUCGGGGUGUUUUGAAAGUGUUUUUGGAGAACGUCAUCCGUGAUGCUGUAACUUAUACCGAGCAUGCAAAACGCAAGACCGUGACUGCUAUGGAUGUUGUUUAUGCUUUGAAACGCCAGGGUCGUACUCUGUAUGGUUUUGGUGGCUAAAGCCCUAAAAGUUAAUUCACCUAUUUAUCAACUCAAAAAGGCCCUUAUCAGGGCCACCCACGCUUUCAAGAAAAGAGCUGUGUUCCUUUAUUGUAUUUAAAAGUGCGGACGAUUGUUUUGGAGCUGCUGUACUCGAAUCGUGGUUACAAUGUGGCUGAAGACGCUUACUUUUGUGUCUUUCCAAGGCGACAUUAUAGCAUCAGUCUUUGAUAGUCAA